AAAAUGAUACCAAAACUGUCAUCAGACGAGAUUGAAGAAUAUCGGGAGGCGUUCACCAUGUUUGACCGAGAUAAGGAUGGGAGGAUUACCGCUAAGGAACUAGGGACCGUGCUGCGUUCCCUGGGUCAGAAUCCGACCGAAGUAGAGCUUAGAGAUAUGAUUAAUGAGGUUGACAUUGAUGGUAACGGCACCAUAGAAUUCAACGAGUUUCUCGAAAUGAUGAUGAAGUGUAAAUCGGAAACAAACGAGCGGCAAGAAGUGACAGACGCCUUCAAAGUGUUCGACACGAACAAGGAUGGUUUCAUUAAUGCUUCUGAGUUACGUCACGUCAUGAUGAACUUAGGCGAAAAACUCACCGAUAAAGAGGUGGAGGAUAUGAUCAGAGAAGCCGACGCAGACGGUGACGGCCGAAUAGACUAUGAAGAAUUUAUUCGGAUCCUGAUGGCCAAAUAGCACCAACGUACCUUAAAUAUUUUAUCUAACAACGCACGUAUUUUUGCAUAUUUUUCACCAUAUUAAAACAUAUUGUUCACUAUAACUUUAUAUCAUUAUUCCUCACUAUCAAUUUACGACAUUUUUGAAAUUUUGAAAUUCACGAAUACAGCACGUCUUU